AUGCGUGCAGUUAAAAGUAUUCCAAAAUUAGAAAAUGAUGACGAAGAAACUGAUGAUGACGACGAUUCAAAUGAAGAUGUACCGAUACAAUGGAGCAAUUUAAUUUUUCUCCCUUUUCAUCCGGUUUUCAAGAUAAUAGUCUUAUUCUCUGUUAUACUAAAGACUAUACUGGGGCCAAUACAAUCUGUAUAUCCAAUUGUUUACUGUUCCAACGUAAUGGAUACUAACUGGUUUACGUCUAUUUUGAAGUAUUACUAUUUAUCCUUAUGUGAUAUAUUUUACUUCAUCGAUACGUUACUUCAUAUUAUACAUAGGCAAGUCGCAGAUAAGGCAGUGAGACGUGAACAUCUACCAAAAUCGGCACUAUUGUUAAUAUUGGACAUAAUAUCAUUAAUACCAUGUUUCGAGAUGGUCAGCUCUGAAGUAUGUCCGGAAGUUCAACUGUGGCCAAAUGUUUUAUGUUUUAAUGAAUUUGUAAUCAUUUACAGGGUAGUAGAAUAUUUCUCUUUAGUAACAACACAUUCAUUUUGGAAAUUAUUUUUCGGUUUUACAAUUUUAACCGGAAUAUGCGUAAAUUGCGUCUGCUGCUUUUGGUUACUAUUAACUGUAGAAGGAUUAUGUGCCAAUUGCAGGAACGGUAUAUACGAUUGGAGAAAAUUUGUAAUACAUAAGCUGAAUGAAACUGAUAAAGGAUAUUUAACGUAUGUUUAUGGUUAUUCAUUUGUAUUAUCAUUUGUUGUAAACGUAAUAUUUGAUGAAACAAAACCUUCUACUAUAUUGGAGUAUUUUGUUGUCGUUAUGUUUAUGAUUUGUGGCUAUUUACUUGACAUUUCUGUUAUUUUUCCCAAGUUAUUUGCGGAAUCAAUGUUGUCACUUCGAAGAAUUUGUACGUACUAUCCUCAAAUAUUAAAGAUAAUAGAUGAAACUCGUAGAAGAAAUCCUACGCCUAACGCUCACGUUAAUGUCAAAAACUUCUACAAAUUGAUAUGGAAGAAACGAAAUGGAAUUACUUGUAUACCUCCCAUAAUUAGUGAGUUGCCACGAUAUUUGAGAUUGGAUAUAAAACAAGAUCUUGUAUGGCCUGUUUUCUAUCAUAGUCCUACAUUCAGAAAAACCUCAACUCCGUUUAAGAGAUGGCUAUGCGAAUUUAUACGUUAUGAUUAUAAGCUUCCAGGAGAAAAAAUUUUCACUGGUCCUCAUUGUCUCACCAAUUUGUAUUAUUUGAAAUCUGGAAUAGUACAACUAAUGUCAACUGACGAUGGUGUUACACCUUUAUUAUCUGUAACAAGUGGUACUAUUUUUGGAGAUAUUAGUUUUUUUAUACCACCAUUAAAAAGAAAAAUUACUGUUCGUUGCCUCACAUAUUGUGAGGUUCUUCAAAUAUCCCGUUAUGAUAUAUUGAAGGGUUUACAUAAAUAUCCACAUGAUAGGCAAGAAGUAAUUAAACUAGCACGAAAUAGGAUAAAUCACGCGCGGAUAUUAUAUACAUGCAAGCAGCAUGUUAAAGGUUUAGAUAUAACUGAGGAUGAAGGCAUAGCUUGGGUUAAAAGACGUUGGUGGGAGAUAUCAGAAACCAUUGCUAAUUAUAAAAAGAAAAGUACUAAGAGGCAGUUACAAAAAUACGACCUACCGCCAGAAGAAGCAGUUUAUCAUUGCGCUAAGUACAUCGGACAACUAGUGCUAUGUAGCGAUACUCAGUUACAAACGAAGUCACUAUUUACAAAAGAUAAGUUUCCGUGGUUAUUAUCACCCGAUUCCACCUUUAUACGCGUUUGGAAACUGAUUGUUGUAACUACAGUCUUUUUUGUUUUAAUUUUAUAUCCUCCUAACAUAGUAAGAUACGAGAUGGUGAAUUGGUUCAGAUAUUUUAAACACUGGACUGAUUUCAUAUAUGCUGCUGAUAUUUGUGUAUCGCUAUUUACAUCAAUAGCGAAACAAGAUAGAUAUAGAACUAACUUUACUGGAGUUAUGUUUGCUCGCUGUAAAAGCGUAAGUUUUGUUUUAGACGUUUUAGCAACUAUAUGGAUAGAAGAGUUUACUAUUAUAAUUGGAAAAUCAGAAUAUUACCAUGCAAGUCAAUUUAAUAGAUUAAUAAAAAUUUAUAUGUUGUUCUGGUCAGAUUCAAUACCACAUAACUUUAAUGUUACUAGUGACCCUAAGUACAGGAUUUAUUGUAGUAUGGUUUUGAUACAUUUUUCCUCUGUCUACGUUGUUGGCCACUUCAUAUAUAUGCUAUGCAAAUAUAUACCUGGCAUGAGUAUGUCUUACUUUUUUGGUGCCUAUCCUUGUGGAACAACUCCAAAGAUUCGUAACGAUAGCAAAUGUGACCCAGCAGAGACUGAUAUAUUUUCUAUAGCAAUUGCAUGGACAUUUGAACUACUAUUUUCUGAAUUUUUGCCACAUAACAUAUUAGAUAUCUAUACUGUGAUGUUGGUCAGUUAUAUUGGCUUUCUAACAUAUACGUUUUUAAAAUCUAGGUUUAUUGCUUUUCUUUAUUUAAAAUAUAGAAAUCUUAUUAAUUAUCAAUUUUUUGUGUCUAAUUUGAAAAAGUAUUAUGAACAUCACAAAAUCCAUCGCAAUCUUAUGAGACGUUUGAACAGAUAUUUAGAUUGUCAUUGGAAAUAUUAUAAAGGAAUAGAUGUGAUGCAUCCACAUUUAUUAAAAGAUGAACCAUAUGAUAUAUACUGGAAAGUUCAUGGUGAAAUCGCAGAGAAAAUAAUUGGUCAUUCAGUGGCGUUUGCGGGCGCUGAAUAUUCAUUAGUAAGAGAACUCGCUUAUGCUUCUAAAUUUUUGAUAUUGCCGAAGAGUGCCACACUAUUUUUAUUUGGUGUUUCUUGCAAGAAUGUCACUUGGAUAGUUCAGGGUUAUGUGAAAAUCGAGUACCAUAACGAAGACGGGGAGUUACUGAAGACGUUUUACGGGCCUGGGCAAAUGGUGUCGGUGACCUCAGUUUUGCUUGGGCAACCAUCACAAAGAACUUAUACUUCAUGCACUGAAUGUGAGAUUUUAUAUAUCAAUUUAGAGGAUUUUUUCAAUAUUAUCAAACGUUAUCCAAAUGAAUGGUCAUAUUUUCAUACUUGCAUUCAUGAAUAUAGACCACUCUUUUAUGAGUUAUUUCAAGUUUAUGUCAAAAAACAUAGCGAGUAUCAAAAAAGACUACGCGAUCGUAUUUUUCAUGCCGUAACUACAACUUAUAAAGAGCCGCUAAAUGAAUUAGUAUAUGAACAAGAGAUAUUAUGGUCACCUUUAAAAUCUGAUUAUUUUUUGGAUCCUGAAUCAGACUUUAUUCGCUAUUGGAUGUUAUUUCGUGUUGUUACUGUCGUGGUGUCUAUAACGACUGCAUCUCUACAAGGUGGAAGCGGCGCAAUGUUCAAAUGGCCAUUGACUAUUAUUAGUACUUUUUGCGAUUGCAUUGCAUGGAUUGAUAUUAUAAUAAAGUUGUUCUUAGCUUACUACGAUGAAAAUGGUAUAUUAAUCUAUAGUAAACGAAGAUGCGUAUGGAACUACCUGUCGCGGGGAUUUUUAAUGGAUGUGAUAGGAACUUUACCAGUAUUUGAGCUUUGCAGACUCGUAUUGAGGCAGAAAAUAUCCAUUGAUCAAAUUAUGCUUAUAAAUACUGUUUGUAAAUUUGCCCAUUUAUAUAUUCUGACAGGAUAUUUCAAUUACAUUGCCGACGUGCCCUCAAUAAAUAGUGGUUACCUGUUGAUAUUAAAAUGGCAAAUAGUAACAAUACUGAUAAUGUUAGGUGGAAGCCACUAUCUGAUCAGUUAUUGUAUUGAAUUCACGUUUGAUGCAAAAGAUAACCUUAUUCACAUGGCUCGUAGGAAUACUUGUUGGAUUCCAUCCUAUAUGGUUUUAGAUAAUGAACCCACAGUACACCAAUUGCAUUUAUUAUUUGCCGAAAGCAUAAAUUUAGCCCAAUCAGGACUCAUGAAAAUGAAUAUGGGUAAGUUUCGUAUAGAACGAAACUGCCUCGGUGUUGGCUUCACGCUUUUCGUACUUGGAAUUUUGUUUUGGUAUGUAAUAUGCUAUACUCUAACAAUCCUAGUACUCACUAAUCGAGGAGAUACUUUAUAUCAACAUAAUGUCAGUCAACUAUGGAAAUUUUUACAAGCCGAAAGGGUCGACAAGAAACUUAUACAUCACGCUGUUGCACAUUUUAGCUAUUGGUGGAUAAGAACAAAAGGAAUUAAUAUACAAAAUUUUAUAAAUAGCCGUAUUGGUCUUAUAUUCAGACAAGAUUUGAAUUACUACUUCUUUAAAAAAACAUUCAAGGCUCUGGAUUCUAUAAUAAAUUGUGGCGAACCUUUUGAGCGUCUUCUAUCCAGCGUUUGCUCUCAAAUGUAUUAUCUUCCAUCACAAGAGAUUGUGAGAGAAAUGGACUUAAGUCCUUAUAUCUUCAUUGUUCAUAGAGGAAAAGUGGCCAUAAGUCAAGAUGAGGAGAAUCUGGCUGUACUCACCAAAGGAGCAAUAUUUGGUCAGCUUAAGGGGAUUGUACCUCGACCAGUCCGUAUUUCAGCUGUCGCCGAUGGGUACGCGGAUAUUUUACAGAUACCCAUAAAACAAUUCCAUGAUAUUAUUGACGAUAAGGUUAGAGAAAAUAUAAAUCGGAACUACCAGUCGGAGGAUGAUUAUAUGGAAACGAAGAAACGUUAUUAUGAAAAUCCUUACAAUACAGUAAGAUAUAUACUCCGUGGUCGGAAAACUAUAAAGCUUCCGUGGAUGUUAUUACCAAUGGAGGCGCGCAGUAGGUCGUGGUAUUCCAAGUGGUUGACUGUGGUUUGGUUGUGUGGACCGUUCGUUUCAGCUGUUAUCGUCCUCAUUCUCAAUACAUUGCCGAUUGACUGCAGAAUGAAUGCAAUCUGGAUAUUAUUAGCUUUGGAUCUUUUACACUUGGCGCAUUUCUUAUCAGAAUUUUAUACGAUGGAGCUAACAGUUAUUCAUGAUAAGUGCGUAAAUCAAGUUGUUGGUUUACGAAUGUUCAAGAAAUUGAUAUUUUAUGUUGAUAUCUUGUCCCUUGUAGUGCCUUUAAUGACAUUAGUAACUGGUAAUUGGACAUAUCAGAUUGCCAGAUUGUUGAGACUGCACCUGUUAUAUCAGUUUCAUAUGCAUUUCUGUAGGAGUUUUAAGAGCAAGGCGGCUCCGCUUCUGAUGAAGUUCAUAAUUUUGUUUUUACUACUGCAUUCUAUGAUAUGUGGAUGGAUAUACGUCGGCUGUAGGAGUGAGUUUACAUUUGAUUUUCCUGUACCUAUAUUGGAUGUACCAGAAGAUUUUAAUAAAACUAUAGAUUAUCAAGAGUGGCAAAAUCCGAAAGAUAGACAAGGAGGUUGCGCAAGAAUUACGCGUAACUUUAAACAUGAAGGUGAAUCAAGAGUGAGUUUCGUUGUACCAAAAAGCUGGCAACAUGAUUACAUUGUGGCUUUAAACUUUAUCAUACUUCUGCAUACGCAUACUGUUUUGGACACCGUUAUGACACUAUCCAUUGCGGAAGUUUACUACAAGAUUUUUAUAAACUUCUUUAUAUACUUGAUUGAUAUAUGGCUGAUGAGUACAGCAGUGAGUGCGGUUUACACCAUGUUCCGCGAGCUAUAUCAGUACGAUUUUAAUGUAUCUAAUCUAACCUCGUACCUCAACCAUAGUGGAUUAUCACCGGCACUAUUGAAAGCAGUGAAGAAGUACACUAAACAAUUAUGGAGAAGGCAAAAAGGAAAUUGGCUACCAGAAUUAGCUCAUCAAGCACCGAUGUGCCUUCGGGAAGAUCUCCUCAGUGCGUUGUAUAUGCACCAUAUACAAACACCCCCACUGUUUCGACUACUGCCUCAAUACUUUGCAAGGCAGCUGGUUGCAAGGGUACAAAGGAUUGUGAUAUUUCCCAAUAAGUGCAUUGUACAAGAAGGCGAUAUUUUUUCAUGUAUCUAUUUCAUACAUGAAGGUGAAGUGGAAAAAUGGUUCACUGAUUCUAGUGGAGAAAAGAAGAUGAUAUCGCUGCUUUCGUCUAAUGGAUACUUUGGAUUUAUACCUGGACUUUUCCCAAACACGCCUUUUCAGUUCACGUAUUAUACAAGGACGGUUGUUGACUUGAUUUAUCUUAGACUAUCUGAUUGGCAAGAUCUUCUAAACGCCUUUCCUGAUGUCAAACAAACGUUGUAUGCUGGAGCUAGAGAACUGAAAAAAGAUUUGCUAAAAAUAUAAUGAAUGAUUGAAUAGUUCAUCCUGUCGUUAUAUUAGAAUUCAUUAAUUAUUGUUUAAAAUAUUUUCAAAUAUAUUAAUGAUUGCAUUAUAGAUAUUUCUAAAUAUA